AUGGGAUGCACGCAGUGGAUUUCAACGUCCAUGGUGCAAUGUGGCCGUCUGGCUAAGCCUCACUUAUUCCUGGCACUGCUGCUGCCGUUAUUACUCCUUUUUGCGCCGGUGGUGCGAGGGGUUGCAGUGCCGCCUCGUCGUGGUAUCUCCUCCUACGUUGUUGUCGUUGACAGCUGCCUUCACCCCGAAACUGCUGCCGCUGUUGCCGCGGAUCUCCAACAGCACUGGCGCUGGAACAGGGCGAGCGGUGCGUGUCUCGGAAGCGCCGUUUUUCUUUCUGCCCGUCCUCCACAGGUGGCGGCGUGGCAGGACUUUUUGUUGUUGCGUGUCAAUGCGUCGCUACAGAGGGGUAGUGAGCGAGGGUGCGUGAGCGAGUGGCUGCGCGGUGUCUUUCUCGUCCUUCCUCGUAUUGGUCGGAUCUCUGUUGUUCGGGUUGUGGAGGACGCGGCGCUGCCGAUGCCGCGCUUUCUUGCGUCGUCUUCACCGCCUCGAGGCACGGCGCCUGGGAGAAAGCGGCGGCAACAGCAGCGGCAGCGGUACCCGCGGCGGUACUUUGAGUUGCCAAGACAAAUGAAAUGGACCGGAAGAGGUGUUCGAAUUGCGCUUCUCGACACGGGACUAGACCCGUUGUUGGUUUCCUCGUCCUAUCAGCAGCAGGACAGUUCAAAUGUGGGCGAGGCUCGCCCUUUACGCAUGUGCACGAGUUUUGUGCCGGGGCUGCCGUGCGAAACCAUCCAGGAUGGUCACGGGACCUUCAGCGUGUCGGUUAUGGCGGGAAAUGUCUCAUUUCUGUCGGACGCACAUGACGGGAAUCUGCAGGAUACCAACGAAAACAUAACGAUCAACCACAGCAACAAGACCAGUAAUAGCAGUGAUGCGGGGGUGGAGUUGCCGCUCUCCAGGGUGCGGUAUUUAGGCUUGGCCCCCAACGCGGAUGUACACAUGCUGCGCGUGUUCAAUGAUGCGCGCGAGUCCCGCACCUCGUGGUGUGUGGCUGCGCUGAACGCCGCCCUCCAGUGGGGAGCGGACAUUGUGAGUCUCUCCUUUGGCGGUGUUGACUACUACGACGCCACCUUCACUGACAAGAUCACCGAGCUGGCGGCGGCUGGUGUUGUUGUUGUGGCAGCGACCGGCAACGAGGGCCCUGUGCCGGGCUCCGUGCACAACCCCGCUGACCACGCCGAGGUGCUGGCAGUGGGAGCCCUCGGCACAGACGCAUCGCGCCUCUCUUCAUUCCUCAAGAAGAACAACAACAAUAGCAGCAGCCGUACUAGUAAUGCAAAUUUAUCCGCCACACGUGAAGCGGCGCGCUGGGUGUCGGCGUUCUCCGGCAGGGGGCCGAGUACGUGGGAGCUGCCGUAUGGCGCUGCACGUAUACGACCAGACCUCGUGGCGCUUGGUGAGCACGUGCUGGGCGUCGGGCGUGAUGGCGACAGCGGCGCGUUGGCGCUGCGUGUGUCGCACGGCACGAGCGUCGCGGCUCCGCUUGUUGCUGGAGUUGUGGCGCUUUGCGUGGAGGCAAUGCAAGACGUGCCUGAGUGGCAGUCAUACGUCAACGUAGCACUGAUAAAAAGGCUGCUGAUGGGGACAGCCGUUGAGGUGCGUCCGAGUUCGUCGGCGAUGCGUCUUGUGAGAGAGGCCUUGCACCGCGAAGAAACACUAAUCUCUGCCGGAGGAAGAAGCGGCUGGUGGCGCAGUGGGAAAAGUGCCGCAAGCACACAUGAGGGAAUCAGUAUGACGCAGACUUUGCUUCAAUACAGAAACAUUCUGGCCUACAGCCGCUCAAGUCAAGGUGCUGGGGAGGUGUGUCUCAUGUGUGCGCUCACAUCGAUUGAUCAGUACCGGGAGCAACAGCAAGGGCAGUUUCUUGGUCUUUUUGCCUUCCCUGGGGAAAUUGAUGCUACGGGUGCGCACCACCUUCCACACAGCGACAAGGAGACAUCGCCUCUAACACCAUGUCUACUCCACUGGCCGUACUGCGAGCAGCCACUGUUUCCCUCGGCCACACCAAUCGCAUUUAACGUGAGUCUUUAUUAUCCAAAAUGCCCUGCCGCACGGCUCGCAUCAUCAACACUGCGGGUGAUGAUAACAGGUGCGAGGGGUAUGUGUAGCGAACAGCGGCGUGGUCAAUGUAAGUUGGGCACCAACAUUGAGCCAACGGUCGCUGAGCGUCUGCUAUCUUUGCGAGUAGAUGCCUCGCCUGUGCUCGAGGCCUAUAGUGGGUGGAUUUCCAUGUUCGCAUUUUCCCCUGCCAACGCUUCGAGUGCCAAGCUGACUUCGCCCUCUCCUUUGGGUGUUACUCCUGCUGCAGUGUUGGAGUUUUACGAUCUUGUUGUUGUGACCGGACACGUGCGGGUGGCGUACACGUGUUUCUCAGAUGAAUUGGAGGCUGCGGAAGAGGUGGUGGCAGCAGCAGCAGCAGCAGCAGCAGAGAGAAUGAAAGGUGCCGAAGGACUGUGCGGACAUAAUUGUGUCACAGUACCGUUUAAGAUUCCAGUUGUGUCUCGUCCUCCACGUGACCGACGCGUGGUGUUUGACGUCAGCCACCAGUGGUUCUAUCCGCCAGACUUUGUGCCGAGCGAUGACGCCCAUUCAAUGUCGACGCCGUCGCAUCACUUGACGAGACGGCGGAGCCAAGGCGCUUUUGAGUGCGACAGUGAUCAUCCGCACACAAACAUGGCACCGCUGCUACUCUAUCUUCGCCACACGAUGGGGCUCUUUGUGGAAGUGCCGCUGCUCAACUAUCUCCCUGCUGUCUUCCACGCGAAUGGAACUGCAGCAGUGUCAAGGCAACGCCGUGCCGCCCUUCAGCGCUACUACCGCAGCAUUGGAACACUUCUGCUUAUCGAUCCGGAGCUACCGUUGGUGGAGGGCGACCGUGACAUCAUUGUUGAUGCCGUUCUGCACCACGAACUCCACUUGUUGCUGAUAAGUGGGUGGUACAGCAGGCGGGUGGCGCGAGGCUUAUCUUUCUACGACGCCACCCGUGACAUUGUGUGGUCACCUGGUGCGCUGCACGGAAGUGAUGACGCUCUGCCGGCCGAGGAUGACGGUACUUCUGUUGAAAAGAGAACCCGUAAGGUUUCUCAUGAACUCAACGGUGCAUGCCACGUCCCUUCGCUCAAUGCGCUACUGCGUGACCUCAGUCAGGGGACACUGCAGCUCGACAGAAGCCGUGUUGUGGAUGGUGAUUUGGUGCUUGUGCACACCCCUUCUUAUUCUGCCUCAUUCGCCUCCUUCCCGCGCAACGCCGUGCCAAGAGGGGUGGACACACCCCGCUAUGUGGGACGUAUAAACUCGGCAGGUGCGCUGCAAUGGCCCCCAACGCAAGAUGUGCAUCACACGGAUGGCCACGCUGGGCGUGGGCACAGCGCGGGGGCGACGAUGGUGUGCAGCAUGAAGAGGGAGUGGGCGAAAGAGCUGCAGGAACUCGCAAAGCUGGAGAUGGAAAAUUCAGCCAACAGAAUGCCCAGGCAGGCCGCAGACGUUAUGCGGCGCGUGGGGCCUGACGCGUUCGUUCCUCUUUUUGGUUUUGCUGGUGUGCGUGGUCCCCGCAACGACGGUGGUGGUAAUGUAACGAGCGGUGCAGGAGGGGCGAUGGGUCGCGUCGCCGUCUUUACGGACUCUAGCGGCUUCGGUGCCUUGCCGUAUCGACAUGCGUCACUGCGCGUCCUGGAUCGAGUGGUCCGCGACGUUUCGGGGAGUUUACUUCACCAUGACGACGACGAGGCGGCAAUGGCACGCGUUCGUCGCACACUUUUGGGUCUUGUGGCCGAUGAGAGCCGCCAGCCCUCGUUUUCGUUUGGUAUUGUGCAUGAUCUUAUGCGGUUUCUGUACACUGGAGACGUUUCUUAUUUCACAGAGGCUGCUGUCUGUCGGCGCGGGGUCCCUGUUGCUGCUGAUUAUGGUGAUGCUAAUAAUAAUAAAAAUGGUCACGGGACCGCGCAGACCACAUCCGCGGCGGCGGAGAUGGGAGACGUGGAGGACAACGAAGAGGAAUUUGAAGGACUUCUUUUGGGGCUCUUGAAGUCUGCGCCGCGGCGGAUUGCCAUUGCGGAGAGGGUUCUUUCACUUCUCGGUGACUAUGAGGCCGCCACGUGCGAGGAGCAGGAUGAUCCUCUCUUCUUGGUGAACAAACGCCUCGUUGAAAUGCAGCACGAGGACUGUGUUGAACAUGAAUGGCCUUUGGAAGCGAAGGUGGCACUUCUACUGAUCACGUCGGUGGUGGUGGUGGUGGUUUCCCUUGCGCUCUGGUAUUGGAGGGUAGGACGGAGUUGUCCCACGAGGGUGUUGCUGUUGCGUGAAGGGGGAGAACGGAGGGAAAAGAAGCAGCAAUGA